CACACGCCCACUUUCCUGGCCCACCUGCUCAUUUUGUAAUUCUCGAUUCUGUAGCCAAUUUGUUUUCUACCUUCAAUUGUUUAAAUCAUGACUGCCAACUUCGCACGCGAUGAGAUCCGCCCGCACGUGGAGCAUUACAUUGGCAUAGAUGUAGGCACGGGCAGCGCCCGAGCUUGCAUUAUGAACGAUCAAGGCGACAUAGUAGGAUUGGCCUCAGAGAACAUUGCUCUUUGGCAACCGCAAACAGGAUACUAUGAACAAUCAACGACAGACAUUUGGCGCUGUAUCUGCUCCUCGGUCAGGCGUGCAAUAGAUCAACACGGUAUCGACAAGACCUCUAUCCGCGGCAUCGGCUUCGACGCUACGUGUUCGCUUUCUGUUUUCUCCAACGAUACCGAUGAGCCUGUGUCCGUCACUGGUCCGGAUUUCGAUAACAAGGAUGGCCAGGAUCGCAACGUCAUAUUGUGGUUAGACCACAGGCCAGUGGAAGAGACGAAGAAGAUCAAUGCUACCAACCAUAAUCUGCUUCGAUAUGUCGGAGGCAAGAUGUCUAUCGAAAUGGAAAUACCAAAGGUACUCUGGCUGAAGAACAACAUGCCGAAAGAGCUUUUCGACCGCUGCAAGUUCUAUGACUUGACAGAUGCGCUUACACACAUCGCCACCGGCAACGAGACAAGAAGCUACUGUAGCGUGGUCUGCAAGCAAGGAUUCGUGCCUGUAGGCGUAGACGGGAGCGUGAAGGGGUGGCAGGAAGACUUCCUCAAGGAUAUUGGCCUGGAAGAUCUGUGCGAAGACAACUUCAAGCGAAUGGGCGGUGUUGACAAUGUGAAUGGUCGAUAUCUUACAGCAGGCGAACUCGUCGGCACAUUAAGCGAAAAAGCAGCAGCUGACAUGGGACUACAACCAGGUAUCGCUGUUGGCAGCGGUGUCAUCGAUGCUUAUGCUGGCUGGAUUGGCACUGUCGGUGCAAAAGUCAAACUUGACGAGGACACCUUGGAUAUGGAUGCACCAAAGAACGAUGUAUCACAGGCGUUCACACGCCUUGCGGCCGUUGCUGGGACCUCUACCUGUCACCUCGCCAUGUCACGCGAGCCCGUAUUCGUGAAUGGAGUCUGGGGUCCUUACCGCGAUGUCCUGCUCCCAGAUUUCUGGAUGGCAGAGGGUGGACAGAGCGCCACUGGAGAGUUGUUAAAGCACGUUAUUGAGACGCAUCCUGCGUAUCACGAGGCCACGACAGUUGCUGAGACUUUGAACCUGAAUAUUUACGACUAUCUAAACCAACAUCUUCAAGAGCUGGCCGAGAAACAGGAUGCGCCACACACGUCCUGGCUAGGGCGCCACUUCUUCUUCUACGGCGAUCUGUUCGGCAACCGUUCCCCUGUCGCAGACCCGAACAUGACCGGCUCGGUCAUUGGCUUGAGUUCUGACAAGAGUUUGGAUGGCCUCGCCCUGUACUACUACGCAACGAUGGAGUUCAUCGCGCUCCAGACGCAUCAGAUUGUCUCUGCCAUGAAUGAGGCUGGUCACGUCAUCUCCUCAAUAUUCAUGUCGGGUUCACAAUGCCAGAACGAUAUACUUAUGGAGCUCAUUGCCGCGGCGUGUGACAUGCCAGUCUUGAUCCCGCGUUACGUACACGCAGCGGUAGUUCACGGUGCAGCCAUGCUCGGGGCGAAGGCUGCAAGCACCGACAGUGAGGGAAAAAGCGAGCCGUUGUGGGAUAUUAUGGAUCGAUUAAGUAAGGCGGGCAAGAUGGUCAAGCCGACGAAAGACAAGGCCGUCAAGGGCCUAUUGCAGGCGAAAUACAAGGUUUUCCUUGAACAGUGCGAAAGUCAACAGCGGUACCGCAAAGAGGUGGACGAAGCGGUUUCAGGCUGGAAGAAAUGAAGUUCCUGGAGCAAGUCUGUAGACAUUAGAGAAUAGAC